AGUCCGGGGCCGGCCUUCCGGGCCUGGAGGCCGAGGCCGGCUCUCGCGAGACUUGCCUGGAAUCGAAGCGCGGGGCCCGACCUUAAGGAAAGUGGGAGCUGCGGGUGGGGAACAUGUCGGACUCCGAGCUCGGCAGGAAGUGGGACCGGUGCAUGGCGGAUGCGGUCGUGAAGAUAGGUACUGGUUUUGGAUUAGGACUGGUUUUCUCACUUACCUUCUUUAAAAGAAGAAUGUGGCCCUUAGCCUUUGGUUCUGGCAUGGGAUUGGGAAUGGCCUACUCCAACUGUCAGCAUGAUUUCCAGGCUCCAUACCUUCUACAUGGAAAAUACGUCAAAGAGCAGGAGCAGUGACUUCCACCUGAGAACAUCCCAGUGGGAGGAAAAGAGAAAUCCUGUCUACGCCUCAGGAAUACUGAAGUGCCCUGGAGUAAGCUGACAUUCUUCUGUAGCAAUGUUAUCAGUAAUGCUUUCAACUCCAGCACUGUUUAUGUAUUUGAAACCAAGUCUGUUUCUUGUUUUGUAUUUUCUCUCUGGAAAUUGCGAGGAGGUGGUCUUAAAAGAAAUAAAUUAAAAAUAGGCAGCCCA